CACUUCAUUUGGGCGAUCUCUUUCUGUCGUGGCAUCUGGAGGUGAGUGGUUGUGCGUGCUUGUUCGCCAAGGGAUAGUCUCCUUCGUACGCGAGAAAGAUAAUCCAAAUAUUACGAUACAACGAAAUUACGAUCGGCUGACAGUUUUUUUUGCCAGGUUGAUACAAAAAACAAAACACCAUGGGUAAAGAGAAGGUUCAUAUUAACAUUGUCGUCAUUGGACACGUCGACUCCGGCAAGUCCACCACCACCGGACAUUUGAUCUACAAAUGCGGUGGUAUCGACAAACGUACCAUCGAAAAAUUCGAGAAGGAAGCUCAGGAGAUGGGCAAAGGUUCCUUCAAGUAUGCGUGGGUAUUGGACAAGCUCAAGGCUGAACGUGAACGUGGUAUCACGAUCGAUAUUGCACUCUGGAAAUUCGAGACAUCGAAAUACUACGUGACGAUCAUUGACGCUCCUGGACACAGAGAUUUUAUCAAGAACAUGAUUACCGGAACGUCGCAGGCUGAUUGCGCCGUGUUGAUCGUAGCUGCUGGUACUGGUGAAUUCGAAGCCGGUAUCUCGAAGAACGGACAAACUCGCGAGCACGCGCUUUUAGCUUUCACUCUUGGUGUCAAACAACUUAUCGUUGGUGUCAACAAGAUGGACUCGACCGAGCCACCUUACUCGGAAUCUCGUUUCGAGGAAAUCAAGAAGGAAGUAUCUUCGUACAUCAAGAAAAUCGGUUACAACCCGGCCGCUGUUGCCUUCGUACCGAUCUCCGGAUGGCACGGCGACAACAUGCUUGAGCCAUCCUCCAAAAUGCCAUGGUUCAAGGGAUGGGCCGUCGAGCGAAAGGAAGGCAAGGCUGACGGCAAGUGCCUCAUUGAAGCACUUGACGCUAUCCUACCACCCUCCAGGCCCACCGACAAGGCCCUUCGUCUUCCCCUUCAGGACGUUUACAAGAUUGGUGGUAUCGGAACGGUACCCGUUGGUCGUGUCGAGACCGGUGUCCUUAAGCCCGGUACCGUCGUGACUUUCGCUCCUGCUGGUUUGACCACUGAAGUCAAGUCCGUCGAAAUGCACCACGAAGCCCUCGUUGAGGCCGUUCCCGGUGACAACGUUGGUUUCAACGUCAAGAACGUCUCCGUCAAAGAAUUGCGUCGUGGUUAUGUUGCUGGUGACUCCAAGAACAACCCACCCAAGGGAGCUGCUGACUUCACUGCACAGGUUAUCGUGUUGAACCACCCAGGACAGAUCAGCAACGGUUAUACGCCAGUGUUGGAUUGUCACACGGCUCACAUUGCUUGCAAAUUCGCCGAAAUCAAAGAGAAGUGUGACCGUCGUACCGGUAAAACGACUGAGGACAAUCCUAAGGCGAUCAAAUCCGGUGACGCCGCGAUGGUGAUCCUUGUCCCGAGUAAGCCAAUGUGCGUCGAGGCUUUCCACGAGUUCCCGCCAUUGGGACGUUUCGCAGUGCGUGACAUGCGUCAAACAGUUGCGGUCGGUGUCAUCAAGGCCGUUAAUUUCAAGGACGCCUCAGGCAAGGUUACCAAGGCUGCCGAGAAGGCACAGAAAAAGAAAUAAAAUCAGUUUUCGCGCAAUCGACGAGCCGCGGCAUUAUACGUCGCCGGGUGGAUGCCGGCGUAUAGUAGCGAAUGUAAUUUGUAUUCUGACUUUGCGCCAUACGGACGUGAACAAAACCAUGAACAACAUCAGCAGCAGCAGCAGCAGCAACAACAACAACAACACGAGAAAAGAAGAAGAAAAAAUAUUAUCAUCGUCGUCGCAUUUGCCGAUAACGGGUUCCCCCGUUUUCGCGAGAUUACAUCAACAACAACAAAUGAAGUAUCGUCGAUCGUUCGAUAGCAGUGGAAGACACGAGUUUGACGAAGAACAACGAAGUCUCGUAAUCCCUACACGUAGGGAAAGAAUCGAAACGUCCUUUUUCUUCGUCACUCGUUUAUUACAUCUCUUGAAACGAUCGUUACGACAAUUUUUCCAUCGCAAAGAGUUUCGUAGGAAAGAAUAAACCAACAUCAACGUAUUUAAUAUGACAACAACACAGUGAGAUGAGACACAAAAUUAACAUCUUAUUGAUUGGCUCUCCCCCCAAAACUCGCUUUGACUACUUUUUCUCAUUCACUCGAGUGAUGGCACGAAGAAAGGACCCAAAAUACGCGAGCUAUUAUAUACACCUGUAUCACAAAAAAACAACAACAACAAAACAACAACAACAAGUACAUCAAACAACAACAUAAUUUAGCUCGGCUUAAUUAUAUUUUCUAAUUAUUAUACGCAAAUAAUAAAUCCUAUAUCUGCGAUACUCGA